GGAUUGUUCCAAGCUUUUCUUGGGGGCGUUUCAAAGGCUGGGAAAGGUAGUUUUACCGGCUGGAUUGGGAUUCAACAUAAACUGCCUUGAAACUUUUAAGGAGGGGAGUUCUUCAUACUGAUUGAGGAGGUAAACCUCACCUCAGCUGCUGUUUGUGGUUAACAGAGAAUCUGUAGGAGCGGAGAUACCAUUCAUAAUAAAAGAGGAUUAUAUUUACAAACAUUAUCUGGUGGCAUGGUUGUCUUGCUGGCAUGGUACAGAGAUAGACAGCAAUGGAAUGAAUGUUAUUGCAGCUCCCCUCGCAGGACUAACCUACUGUGAUAAAAUAUACUGUAAAAGAACACUGAAGUCCAGACACUGGAGAAACAUUCAGGUACUGUUAAUCUUACAAUAAAAGAAAUGAAGCUGGAAGACUAAACUGACAGAUUUUUAAGAUGGCAUCAUGGAUAAUAUAGACAGUUCCAUUCACGCUGAUCAGAAUGGAUUCGUUAACAGAGUGUUUAAUGCUUCCUUGGACUUAGAGAACGCAAAAGGCACAAUGAAAAUCUGUGAGGCGGACCUCUGUGACCCAAAGGACGUGGGUCAGGGCCUUGGCAAGGAAAAAAGUCAAUUUCAAAAGAAACCUAAAAACUCUGGGAUUUGGAGGAUCCUCAACAGGAGGAAGACAACAACUGGUUAUGAACAAAGGCCACAUUCCAUGAUUCUUCCAGGGGAGUCCUCAGUCCCCAAAUUAUCAUUCGUGGACAAAAUACGAUUCUUCAAAAAGCUGAGGUCUACCUCAAGGAGCAGAGGAAACAGACACUCGGAAGCCUCGACAAUCAACACUGUUCUGAAAGUAGAGGGAGACCAAGAACAACUGCAUAGCUGGGACUACUCAGCUGAGAUUUAUUCAAAUAGACUUUUGACCAGACACAAAGUUUUCCGGCACUCUUAUGGAGGCCACACCAGGGACUUGGACUGUUCAUUUGAAGAUGUAGAUUUAACCAGCCCUUCUGAAAAUGCUAUCGAUGAGAACAACUGGCUCAGGGACAUCUGCAGACAGCAAAAUGGCAGUGGGAACACUGAGAGAAUAUCCAAUGGGAAGAGAACUCCCCCCGUUUUCUCAAACAGUAACAGUUCCGUAGUUUGUCAAGAGCAUGUCCUUAGGGAUUGCCCAAAGACCCCGCAGGGAGGAAGAAGGGCCAAGGGUGCGGACGUCUGGAGCUACUUGAAGAACAUUUCUUUAAUGGGGAAAGUGAACUCCGGCAUGGCGGAACAAAGUAUUGAUUCUGAAUUCCAAACCUUGGACAACACCAUUGAUUCAGACUUUGCCUCCACCGACGAUGGAGAUCCCAACCCCCCACUCAAAAAGUCCAGCGAGAGCAAAGGCAGCCAUUUCGGUGGGCUGUUCAGGUUUUUUAGCAGUAUAACACAAACAGCAAGAAGGUGGAGGAGCUCUGCCAGGUCCUCCACACAGCCUGCGCAGUCCCCUCUGGGAACCCCCUGCGUACCGAGAUCUGGAGUCUUGGCUCAUGGCUUGUCUUUACACUUAGGGAAUGAACAUCAGCCCUUGCCACCAACAGCCAAGUCUGUUCUGUCUCCAGACUCUGGGCUAUGUGACGCCCUAACUCCGGCAACGUUAUCAGGAGCCGAGUCCCCUCAAGUAGCUAUAAAAUCAAGGUCCAUUGAAGAUUCACUGAGCCCCAAUGUUUACUCCCCUAAAAUGACAGCCGAACCUGAAGCUCUUUCAAGUGUACCUCAGGGAUCUAUCAGUACCCCAACUUACGGCAGAGACCAUUCCUCAAGUGAAGGGGGGAUUCACCUUGUGAACAGGACAAGGCUGGAUAACACCCUUCUCCAGGAUUUGCACAAUGAAGGAAAAGACACUGAAGACCAGUCUGUUUUAAAGGGGUUCUCAUGUCAUAAACAGGAGCAGCAGGGCUACAAUACUGACACAACCAGGGAACAUGGAUUACAGAAGGCAGCGGCGCUCAAACACUUAGGAAGGCAGGAAGAAAAGGAUCAGGUGGAAGACCCAUCUUUGGAGAAUGAAAAUAAGCACCUUCAAACACCAACUGAUGCCAACAGCAGCCUAUCAGAUUCGAAGGUCACUUCCCCAAAAAGGAGGAAGCGGCGCCCAGCAUCAGCCUACAGCAUGAUGUUAAAUUUGCAGUGUCCCAUCCCUGAAGAGGGGUCCAUUGUGACAUCAGAACCCAAGCCUGCUGAGCAAGAUAACAGCGUGGGCCUGCAGAACUCUCCAAACAUUCCGUCUAAGUUCCAGGCGAAGAGGCCCCUUGUGAGACAGAGACCCCACUCUGUGAUAGAGGGCGCUGCCGUGGACCAUGCAGACGUUCUACAUCCACCCAGACCUGUGUCUCGUCCUCCUGGACUCUGCCCUCAGGACCCCCAUUUCGGUGCCGCUGCACUGCAGAGGUGUUGCUCCCUUCCCCUGUCCCAGAGCACUCCCACUGGGCUGGAUGAGAUGGGGUGGAGGGGACACACGCUGCACAAACCAGCUGAGGCUCUGCUGGGUACGGAGACCGCGGGGGUGCGUGACAGAGGAGGCGGCGCCACAAUCAGGAGAAGACUGCUGAAGCUGGGAGCCGAACAACUUCAAGUUAAUAAAUUGAUCAGUGGUGGUUCUCUCGUCAGUGCUGAGGCAGUAUGGGAUCACGUCACCAUGGUCGACCGGGAGUUGGCAUUUAAAGCAGGAGACGUUAUCAAGGUCCUUGAUGCAUCCAAUAAAGACUGGUGGUGGGGACAGAUAGACGACGAGGAAGGAUGGUUUCCUGCCAGCUUUGUGAGGGUUGAAUCCUCCCCUCCUCAUCCACAAACAAAAUCGAAUUUCUAUAUCAACCCGUUAGCAGCCUCGAGAUAUCAAAAUACAACUUCCAAGCUAUGGGUAAACCAGGAAGAUGGUGUGGAUGCUGCAGAGGGGACCAGCGAGGUCCAGAAUGGCCACCUGGACCCCAGCAACGACUGUCUGUGCCUUGGCAGGCCGCUGCAGAACAGGGACCAGAUGAGAGCCAAUGUGAUCAAUGAGAUCAUGAGCACGGAGAGGCACUACAUCAAACACCUGAAGGACAUCUGUGAGGGUUACCUGAAGCAGUGCCGAAAGCGGAGAGACAUGUUCAGCGACGAUCAGCUAAAAGUGAUCUUCGGGAAUAUCGAAGACAUUUACAGAUUUCAGAUGGGCUUUGUACGGGAUCUGGAGAAGCAGUACAACACUGAGGAGCCUCAUCUUAGUGAAAUUGGGCCUUGUUUUCUAGAACAUCAAGACGGCUUCUGGAUUUACUCCGAGUACUGUAAUAACCACUUGGACGCAUGCAUGGAGCUCUCCAAGCUAAUGAAAGAUGGCAGGUACCAGCAUUUCUUCGAAGCCUGCCGCCUGCUGCAGCAGAUGAUCGACAUCGCCAUCGAUGGCUUCCUCCUCACGCCUGUGCAGAAGAUCUGCAAGUACCCCCUGCAGCUGGCAGAGCUGCUCAAGUACACAGCCCAGGACCACAGUGACUACAGAUAUGUGGCUGCAGGCCUGGCUGUCAUGAGAAAUGUAACCCAGCAGAUAAACGAGCGGAAGAGGAGACUGGAGAAUAUCGACAAGAUCGCACAGUGGCAGGCCUCUGUCCUGGAAUGGGAGGGCGAUGACAUUCUGGACAGAAGCUCAGAGUUGAUCUAUACUGGGGAGAUGUCAUGGAUUUACCAACCAUACGGAAGAAAUCAGCAGAGAGUUUUCUUUCUGUUCGACCACCAGCUGGUCCUCUGCAAAAAGGACUUGAUACGGCGGGACAUUCUCUACUACAAGGGACGCAUCGACAUGGACAGGUAUGAGGUGAUGGACGCGGACGACAGCCGUGACGAUGACUUCCACGUCAGCAUCAAGAACGCUUUCAAACUGCACAACAAGGACACAGAGGAGAUCCACUUAUUCCUCGCCAAGAAGCUGGAGGAGAAGCUACGGUGGCUCAGAGCGUUCCACGAAGAACGCAAGAUGGUGCAAGAAGACGAGAAGAUAGGGUUUGAAAUCUCCGAGUAUCAGAAGAGACAGGCAGCUAUGACUGUGAGAAAAGUCAGUAAACAGAAAGGUGCGGGCCAAACAAGGUCAGUUCCCCCCUCCUACCCCCCUCCCCAGGACCCAAUGAAUCAGGGACAGUUCUUGGUGACUGACGGAAUGGUCCAGAUGGCCCAGUCCCAGGUAUUUGAGUUCGCGGAACCCAAACGGAGCCAGUCUCCCUUCUGGCAAAACUUCAGCAGGUUAACGCCGUUUAAAAAAUAGAAGCAGCAAGGUUUUUUUAGAAGGACUACCUUAUUUUUUUUGAGAAGGACUGUACUGCAAAAAAAAAACAAAAAAAAAACAAAACUGAUCAAUAACUUAGCAGAUAAAAAGGAACAAUGUGAUUUGGAAUGCUACUGAUUUUGUAAAGGCCUGCCGGACGAUUGCUACCACUACCAUGGAUCCUGGAACUUGCAAAAAUCCUUGACCGAAACACUCUGGUGUUUUUUCAGAUCCUUUUCUUUUCUUGUCGGCUUUGCCCUUCCGGAAACAGAACAGGACAACAUCAUUCUUCUUCUUAGCAGGAGAACUGCGUCAACACAUACGAUCUAAAAAGAAAAAAAAGAGAAAAACCAUUUCAAUAUUCGUGCCAUUCUGAGUGCGCUUUGUAGUGCACUGUGCUAUGGACGGGCAUUUCUGUUGCUUUUCUUGUUUCUCGCUGUUUUUUGGGGAUGUCAGUAUUAUUACGUGGCAGGCUGUUCUGGCUGAGCAAAGCAAGGUUUAGUCUGGUAAUAUUUUAUUGCAUAUUUUAAAUGUUCUGUUACUACUGAGUACUGCAUGGAGUGGUCAGUUCACAUGCAGGUAUUAUAUGUGCAAGGGUAUUCUAAUGGGUCAAGGCACCAAAUCAGCACCAAUAACUAUGAUUUCUUAAUGCUAUAUAAUGCUGUCGACAGGGUAUUUUUUUAUUGAGGGACCAGAGUAACUUUUUUUUUUGGUUUACAUGUUAUACAGGGAUUCUAUUCCAAGCAAAAUAAACAGAGGAUACUUUAUACAUGUAGCUACUGUGUAUACAUUAACCUCUGCUGGAUUCAGCUCCCUUCAGUUGCAUUGUAGUUCCAUUCUAUAUUUUAUUUCAUUAUCUACAGUAGCCCUUCUGCAGAUCACUGUCUGCACAUUAUGAGCGGGACUUCGGUUGCAUUAACGGUGCUUUUGCUGCAUUAAUGAUCUUUCACGUUGACAGCCACGAUUCUGCAUGGAAGUUGACACGUGUCACAGACGGCAUGCAUGGGACCUACAGUACAGUGUAAAGCAAAAGCAUGCAAAGAGCAAUGCAAAACAGCGUCCUGUGUGUUGUGUGUCAUGCAGCUCAGCACUGAUAAUAGAGAAUGAAACAGGCUCUGAAGUACAAUCUGGAUGAGUUGGCAAGCACAGUGCAAGAACUCGUGGGUCUUGUGUAGACAUCUUCAUGAUCUCUGCAGUGAGCUAUUUCUUUAAUAGUGAUGUAUCUCGUCAGAAAUUACAAAGUAAUAAAAAAUAAAUAAAAAAAAUAGAUAGAUAGGUGUUAUUAAAAACUACCCCAGCAACAUUUUUGCUCUGUGCAUGAACAGCUAUCUAGAAAUAUCUGCUGGCGAGGGUAAUGCCAACGGCAACCAAGCAACCUUCAUUAACAUGCAUACCCCAAGUUCACUAGAUAACCCCAGAGCUAAAAAGCAAGCUGGUCCUAAUUAUCCAGAUUUCACUGACAAUUUGUGAAGACCUCAGGUUAGAGUCAGAGUAUUAGUGCACUGUGUAUUACAUACUGUCAGAUUCCAGUAUAAAGUGCAUUGCUGACAUGCAACAGUGUCUGCUGACUUUGCACUUGUGUUUCCUAAUUGAAUCUUCCAGAAAGUACUAUAGAGCGGUUAGACCCUGUUCUACAAACUUUAUUAUUAUUAUUAUUAUUAUUAUUAUUAUUAUUAUUAUUUUUUUUUUUUUUUUUUUUUUUAAAGCCUGUUUUGUUAUCUUAAAAAAAAAGGUUUGGUAUUUUUCUGUUUGUAUCUGUUUUAAAAAAAGGAUUUGGAGUUUAGUGCAGAAACAACAACAGAAUUAAAAACGUUUUGGAAAUAAUAUGCAUUUUUUUAAACACCCCUCUCUCACUGCUAGAAAAGUGCUGCACCAAAUAUACACAACUUAAGUUCCAUUACUAUAUUUAAUAAUCUGAUAGCACAAUUUAUAUAUGACAUCCAUUCUUGUGUUUACGUUUCACUUACAAGCAUAUAUAAUAAUAAUAAUAAUAAUAAUAAUAAUAAUAAAAUUGCCAGGUAAUCCUAGAUCUCUACGCAGCAGUUUAAAUUCUUAAUGGUGUGGUACCACACAGUAUUGAUCUUGGUUCAGAUCUUGAUGUGACUGGUAAAUACUAUUCUGUGGGGUUAUUCUGGUCAGAUUAUUUUGUUUAAUUUAAUUUGAUUAGUGAAGUCAGGUUAAUGCCUGGCCUGAAUUUCUAAAAGACAUGCUUAUAAAUAAUUGUCAGCCCAGUUACAGUUAAUUUCUAUAACCCCGGAUUAUAUUAAUAUCCCAGUUAAUCUAUUAUCUGUCAGGAAUGCAGCGUCCACAUCUUUAGUCAUGUACAGUAAUUGUAUGAAUACGCGAGAAAAAUAACGAUCUAAAAGUAAAGUUAGAGAGAGACGCUUGCAAGGGGUUGCCAGAAUUAUGGUAAACCUUUAAUCAAUAAAAAGCUUUUUAUUUUUUUUAAUCAUUUGGAAAUAUAACAGCGCUUGUCUGCAAUGAGUGAGUGAUUCUGUAAGCAGACUCAGAAUGAAUAAGAACAAUAUACACUUUGCACAUUAAUCAAGUCCCCUAACUUACAAAAGUAAUCGUAGUUGAGUAAAUUAAUAACCCUUAUAGUAAUUAUGAAUGACCUUACAACCAACACGCAGCUAAACCAUGUACAUAUUGUAAAUACAAAAGAGCAUAUAUUUAAAUAUUUGUAUUUUAUGUAUUGAAUAUAUACCUUAAGUUACAUGCUAGUUUUGGUUUAAAGGUGACGCAUGCUAAUGGCAUUGGAGGUUCUGCAUACAUGACACAAACAACAUCAUUUUUUUUAUUUUUUUUUAUUUCAUUUUGUUGUUUCUUAUUCAGGAUAAUCAUAUAAUCCCAUUCAUUACUGUAGUGCUGCAACGUGGCAAAAGGAAUUCCUAAAAAAAAAAAUCGAAUUACUUAUUAUUUCAUUAUUAUCUUGCAACUGUUGAAAGUGUAAAGGAUCUUCAACUUUCAUUUGUCUUACAGUAAAAACAAAAAUACAGUAGAUGCUCUCCUUGACUAGCUCUAUAUAAAGACCAGCACAGACCUGUUAUUACAGUCUUGCUGCUGCCUGCUAUUUAAACCCAUUCACUACAUUUUAACUGUGUUAGGCUUAAAUAUAGGUUUAAACCAUUAAUUUACAAUCUGUGUAUCCAGGACACUGUAAUGGCAUGGUGGAAUUGUAAUACCAAGUAAAACAGUGUAUUCAGAUAUCUGGAUCUCUCGUUGCUGAAAUCUUACUCGACAUUGUCAGCACAGCAGCUCAGUCUAGGUUUAGGCUUGCUAUGUUGGUUUAGCUGUGCUAGAUGAACCCAACGUUUGGAAAUUUUAAAAACUCCCAGCACAUACCACGCUUAGUAGUUGAUUUUAAAUAGGCAGGUUGUCUCUGAACCAGAUUAAUAUCUACAUAUAUUUAUUAAAGACAAUUAUGGGAUAUGGCAUGAGAUAUUUUACCAGCCUAUCAAAACAAAUAAUAUCAAAGCAAAAAAUAACGAAAAACACAUGAGCUGUUUAAAUCUAACUUGAACCCCACAAUACAAACACUUUGAACAACCAAGCAAGCUUCAGGGUUUUCUGCCCUUUACCAGCACACAGUAUUGCAUUCUCCCAUUCCUGUUUGCCCUCUGCUGAAUACCUGCCCUCUUCAUUUCAAGAAGACUUUUUGCUAGAAGCACAGUGACGGGUCGAGGCGAGCCAUAGGCGGCAUUCUAAACCAAAGCCUGCUGUCAGAAAGCAUUUUUUUCAUGAUAAAGUGCCAUUUUUGUCAUGUUGCAUGGCAGUUUUUUUUUUUUUUCAGAAAAAUCAUUCUUGUUUCCAAUUUUUCUCUCUAGCAAUUAGGUCCACAAAGGUUAUUACUAAAAACCGUUGUGAAUAAAAGCUGUAAGUAUGAAUUAAAGGGAACUUAGAAGCUAGAAACAAAAGUAUAUAUUGAAAAGGGAACAGGGGUUUGUAUUCACUGCAUAGGAAGAAAUAAUGUAUUUUCUAAAGAGAAAUCAUAUUACUAGAUAUAGUUUAUAAAGAGCUUAUAGUGUCAGUGCCAAAUCUCUUCAAGGACCUUGUAGUAUCUUAAAAUAAAUAUUUCUUAAUGAAACCAAGUUUGACAACUCACAGUUGCACUGCAGUUGCGGUAGCCAUCUCAAUAUCUUCAAGAAUCAUCGAUAUGCCUCAAACAAAUAUUGAAAGUAAUGUUUGGUACAUUGUAAAUAGUCACAUAAGAAAAUGUAUGUCUGCUUGGUGCUGUAAUGUUACAGAAACAAAUGUUCUCUAUUUUUCGUUUAUGGAUUUUAGACAUAGAAACUUUGUAAUUUGGUGAACUGUUAUCAGUGUUGUAUACAAAAGAAAACAAAUAUCAAUAUUUAACAUUGAGCUGACUGAAUAAAUGAUGCAUACUUAAAGUUAUUUUUUAAUGAUUAUUAUUAUUAUUAUUAUUAUUAUUAUUAUUAUUAUUAUUAUUAUUAUUCCAGCUAUUUUCUUGAUUGAUUAACUGAGCACAAUUUUAAAAGGUAAAACAUGUUAGUAACAAAAAAUGUGAACUGGCGGAUUAUCAUUCAACAUGCAAAUAAAAUGGAUUAGCAAGAUUUUCUAUUAAUUUGCCAACAUUUAUCUGACCCACGACUGUGCAAGUAUCUUGUAAGAGGGUAACCGCAGCAGUUGUCUGCUUCCUAGCGCAUUCCAUUCUUUAUUCCCAUUAUUCUGAUUCUGCUUAUAGAACGAAAGACCUCCAGUGCGCGUCUCCAGACUGAAGAAGAACUUUUCAAAGUCGAAAGUCCAAAGUCCAGGUUUUUAUUUCAACCAGGCUCCGAAUGAGGAUUUUGAACUCUGCUUUGCCAUGCACGUGGAAUUGAAACAGUGAUCCCAGCCUGAGACAAGCCUUCAGUACAUCCCUGAUAUACAAGCAUGUCAAAGUAUUUAUCAUGUGGCUGUUGGACCAAAAAUCAUAAUGACAUAAUGACAAUGGGACCGUAGCUUGACAUCCUUGUAUAUGUCUAACCAAGCAAAAACUAAUGAUUUGUCCCAAUGUACAGCCUUGCGCGAGGCCCUGUUUUCCCAUUGGAGACUUGCCUGUUUUCCCCCUUAGCGAAACACACAACUGGAAGCUUGCUGUACCGGCGAUGACACAAACCAUAGAAAACACAAAGCCAUGUAUGUCAUAACAGGCACACAAACAAAAGAAGGGGUUUUUGGAUAGGCUUGGGGGAUGUCAUGUCAUUAUCAUUGCAGUCUAAGAUCAGAGCAAGGCUCACUGCUGAGCUGCGUCUCCAAACUGUGCCAGCUCCCUGUUCAAAGCCUACCUAUUCUCUCACUCUGCUAUGAGUCAAAGCACUGGAAGCACAGGCAUCUAAAACAACACUUUCUCUAUAAACCUUACAUCAAAAGGCAGUGGUGUGGAAAGUGCAUUGUUUACCGCAAAACGCCCGCAAGUUAUUUUGAACCUCUUUAUAUCCACAGGCUUUUUUUUUUUUUUUUUGGUUUAGGAGACUCAGAAUAGGAGGCCAUAAAGUAUAUACCACUCUUGUUUUGCGUAAUUAAGCAUCAUUGUAAAUGGCCGUAGCAGAAUAAGCCAAAAUGGUUACCAGAGUGGCUCACCUUGUAAAUGCCUGAUCUUUGCUGUGGAUUUAACUGGGAGUGUCGCAAUUUCUCUGUCACUUCCACAUAAUGCGGAGGCACAAUCAUGGGAUCAGAGGAUGCCCACUGACCUUCAGUUCACCUGAGCUGUUGUGGAUGAAUUGCUGCGGUACAGGAACAUAAUUGGACAUUCUUAAUGGCAGAGCACAUGGUGACAAAAUAAUCAAGAUAUUCCUGGAUUCUUAAACAUGUUUAUAAUGUUGGAUUUUCUGUAAGUUAUAACAUGUAACUUGUUAAGUUGAUGUAUACAGUACAUUGUACAAUACCAGAGUUCUGAAGUUUCAAUGUAUGUUCUUUUACCACUUGUUUAAUUGCUACACAAUUAAAUAUACUGUCAGUCAUGGUAUUAAAGUUGCUUUACAGUU